UAUUUCUCUGAUGACAGACUCAUCCACGCAAUGAUAGGGCAGCCAUGCAGGGAGAGCAACCUUUCAGUUCGCAUUACAUAUUUUGCUUUUAAUCAUUUAUGUAAUUCAGAGCUUAUAUAACAGAGCGUACAUACAUGUCAUCGAGGCACGUAUGCUCCCUGGGCACUGUAGAGAGUGUUCCUUAGUCAGAGGCACACGCGCGCACACACACACACACACACACACACAGAGCGCUGGCUGACUCUGAUGGCAUGGCAGCGUAGAGAUGCAGUUCUGCAGGGAGUAUUUCUGCCAGACCUGUAGCGGCACAGUCACCAGUCCUGAGGAAGGUAUGGACACAGGCAUGGGGAGCUGCAUCGGAGUCCAGCGCAGCCAGCUGUUUGCCCUAAGUCAGGAACCGUUGUGAGAGCCGUUUCUCCCGCGACCCCAGGAGGUGAUGGGGAAUGAGAGCAGCUCAGCGGAGGGUCCGGCUACAGCCUACACUGAGAGUCAGACGGGGGAGCAGAGGGACAGCAAACCCGAAAAUGGAUCGGUGCUGACCGAACCCCCGGCUGCACAGCCAGAGUCGGACGUCCUGAGAUUCAGCGAGGAAGAGGAGAACAGGAGGGAGGAGGACAAAGAGGAGUUGCUGUUCACCGAUGACCUCCUGCCUAACAUAGACCUUAGCUCCGAGCUGAACCUCUGGGGAUCUUCUUUCAGCACACAGGUGAGCGAAGGUGAGAUGAAGACUGAGCAGGUGACUCUCAGCAGCUCGCCAAACCCCCUACUGGCAGGGCUGCAUCACUACACUGAAGCCAGCCCUCCAGCUGUGGUCAUUGUGAAAAGCCCCGCCCCAGACACCAGCAGCUGCACUGGUGACCCACAUCUGAGGGGAACCCCGCCUCCUCUACACCCCCAACCCCAGACCCCCCCGGACACCCCCUCAGACACCCCACCAUUCCAGAACCCCCUCGCGCUCAUGGACAGAGAGCUCCAGGAGGCCUUUCAGGAAUGCGAGCAGCACAUGGCUUCUCUCCUCAUGCCCUGCCCCCCUGCUGAGGGCACGCCCACCCGUGAGGUCGACCAGUGUCUGUCCGUGCCCUUGCCCGAAGACUCUGAAGAUGAAGGAGCGGGCACUCUGAGGAGUGAGAGCGUUAAGGGAGGUUCUGAAUUAUCGCCUCACCCUCCCGAGGCUCGGACCAAACAGGGCCGGGGUGAGCACGAAAACAGCGGGACUCAGACAGCAGGACCGCCGACUGCCAGGAGGGAGGAGGAGACUUUCAGCUUCAGAGACUACGUCUUAGGAAUCAGGGAUGAGUGGGGCGAAGGAGGAGAGGAAGAGGAAACACGACACACGGCUGCACAAAAACAGGAGCCUACCGACCCACUGGACAGACACACAGACACAUUCACAGACUCACAGACGGACUUACUUACAGAUGCAGUGAAAACACAAGAAGGAAUGACACAAAAGGCCAAGCCAGAUGUCACUGCAGAUUUAUUGGGAAAUGGUCUAAAUGGUACACAGCACAAUAAAUUGAAAGAAACAGAGAAAGAUAUCAAGACUGGAUCUCAGACAGAGGCAGAGAAAAUACAGACUGAACGACUCCUGACAGAUACCACGGAAACCAUAGAUUUAUCAAAGGAGCCUAUGAAAGAUACAAAAGGCAUGAAACUGACAGAGAAACAGAAGUGCACCGAAAAUGCAGAGAGAGGAGAGAAGAGCACAGGUUUGCUAAUGGAGGCUCAGAACGCUCCAGACCUCUUUAAUCAGACAGGCACACAGACGCAGUCAGAUCUACCGAUAAGCACAAUGCCCCCGAGACAAGCGCUGAGCGACACACUGAAGGAGACUCCCACAGAGGCUGUUGCACAACCAGCCUUAGACACAACAGAGCAAACACGCAGCGGCACAAACCCAGCUACGCCGACGGAGCCUGGGGCAGAGCUACUGAGAGAGAGCCGCGACCGCGGAAGCGUGCCCGCGGAGCUCCAGGCUAGCUCGCAGCUCCGCAGGGCCAUAAAGAUGGAGGCAGAGAGAGAUUCGGUCAGAGAGACCCAGAGUGAGGCGGCGUCAGCCUCGCUAUCAGAAGCGAGGACGCUCACAGUCACACGCGCUGAGUCAGAGGCGGAUUUACAGGCACAGACAGACAGACGUAAAGGGCAAGACGUACAUACAGGCACGCAGGCAGAUUUAAAGACGCAGACGGAAUUACAGCCUUGGGCAGAUAUGCAGAUGAUGGGGUGUGAUGUACACAGAGACACACAAACGGAUCUAAAGAAACUGACAGAUUUACAGGCACAGACAGGGAAAGGUGAACACAUCGACACACAAGCUCAAGAUUUAAAGACAGAAACACAGACAGGACAAGGCACAUACACAGACGAAGUGGCCGAUUUUAAAAGACAGACAGAGUUGCAGACACAGGCAGACACACAGACAGAGUUAGAUGCAGGGAAAGGUGCACAAAUCAACACACAAGUACAAGAUUUAAAGACACCUACAAAGAUGGCUUUACAGAUACCAACAGACACAUACAUAAAGAUACAGAUGGAGAUAAAGGAAGAUUCACACACAGGGUGCUCAGGUUUCCAGGAACAGCUGAAGCAGCAGGGAGAGCCACACAUCUGCCCCCCACUUCCAGACCCUAUGUCUGGGCAGGAUCGUGUUAUCGCUCCUGGGAGUUCCUCUGCUCCUACCCCUACCCCUGCCCCCACCCCACCCCUCCCCCUGGGUCCCCAGCAGCCACCGGCUGAUGGCAGGACAGGUGGCCCCCACCACCCAGUAACAGGACCCGAAACCCCACACCGGAACCAACCGACAAGAGAGGGGAGUAAAAAUGACAAAAAUGCCCCAGCGACAUCUGUCGCGGCCGCGGAGAUCGAUCCGCGGACGAGGGCGGGCAGCGGGGGUGGGGGCUCAGGAGAAGGGGCAGCUGUGCGUGCGGACCUGGAGAGCGGCCGCGCGGGGAGCCGGGGCUGCGUAGGGGAGGAGGGCGCCGUUGAAGAGGCUUCAGCAGCGGCCGGCUCGGCGUUGCCACUAACAACACCCACGAUGCCAGGAAUGAUAGAAUGCGAGGGAGAGGAGGGGAGAAGAGCGGAGGCAGCGACGGGAGGAGGAGACGGAGCAGUGCAAAGCGCAGAGCCGCAGAGCCCGGCAAGCGCCGAUCUACGGGAGCCAGAAAUCACCGCCAUCGCCGCCGCCGCCGCCGCCGCCGGACGCCGGGACCCGUCGUUAAUCUCCACGGAGACGCUCUGCUCACCUGCGCGGAAGAUCGAGGCUUCCGGGAGCGAAAUGCCAGCUGGCUGCUGCAUCAGAAUGCCACACAACACGGAGGAGGAGAGAGAGAGAGGGGGAAAGGGAAGGGGAGGGCUGCAGAGUCACUCUCCGGGGACGGAGAGAGAGGGGGAGCGAGAGCCGGAGAGGGCGUGCGUCCGGACUGAUGACCACACCGACAUCUCCCCUACAUCUGGGCUCCCGGGACACGUCUGCCAGGAGAAAAGAGAGGAGGGGACGACAGGAGCAGGAGAGGGAGAGAGAAAGAGAGUGAUAGCAGCAGACAGAGAAAAGAGAGGGGGAAGCGAGCAGCAAAUUUCGUCAAGGCAGGCAGAGGCAGAGACGGAGGGACUUGUCAGGGGGGUGGUGACUGACACAGCGACGGCGGCAGCACAUUUUCGGGAACGCCUCGUUGAGGACGACUGCCAAACCGGACCUCCCCCCGAUGUCGGCGAGCCACCGGUGAAACGGCAGCACGGGGAUGAGAUCGUCGAUUUUUCGGCUGUGGUCGAUUCCACCGAAACAGGCACGCACCCUCAGCCUAUAAGGGGGACGAGCGCACGCGAAUCAGACCGUCUUCCGUCGGCGUCUCCUCUCCUCCACGCGGAGCCCGGACAUCCCGCAGCCUGCACAGAAGCCACAGCGCACGGCGGUGAGUCGCUGCUCGUCGGAAACGCCCGGGACGCCGUCAUCACCGCUCCCCAGGCUCAGGAGACGGCUGGCCCCCGGGAGAGCGCCGGGGACCGCGGACAUUUUGAAAAGGCCUCUUUGCUUUCCACCUCAACACCCUCUGGCCCAUCGCAGCCACUAAUAGGCCAACAAAGCCCUUCUGCUGAAAGCAAGGAUCAACAGGUUCCACUCUCCCAUCGCCCGGACACCCAGAAGGGGUCGCGGAGUGCGGAAAACUCUGAGUUGUGCCAUUUUCAGUUGGGGGCCGUCCCAGCGGAGCCAAAGGUUGUGGGAAAAAUCAGCGCUGAAGCCACAGUCGCCCAGCCGGGCAGCAUUCCAGCCAACAUGAGGGACAGCGUCAGAGGCAGGACUAAGGUAGGGAAAAAGGUGGAGGUGACGGAGGAGGGGAAGGGAGUCCCGCCGAGGAGCACAGACGAUGCCUCUUCCACCGCCCCAGGGGGCUGCUCUUCCCUGCCCCCCCUCACGGUGCAUGAGAGCCUGCGCCACCCAGUGACAGAGUGCAGCUCCAAACUCCAGGAGUUCUCCGUCCUCCAGAAGCAGGAGGCGCCGGUCUGUCCCGACCUGGGUAUGAGGACGUCUACCGGGGGGGACCUGAAGCUCAUCAAGCAGAGCUGUGAGGUGGUGGAGGAUCAGAGGAAGGCUGAAAGUGGGGAGGUGAAAGUCCCUGAUCAGGGAAAUGAAUCCAAAGAAGCUAAAGUUCAGUUGGAUCAGCCGAGCUCUGUCGGCAUGGAGACGGAAAAGACUACAGAGAGCCUGAGGGCUGAGGAAGAGGGGGGCAGAGGUGACAGCUUCCGUCUUCUUCCAACAGCUGAAUGUCAGAGUGCCGACCCCACAGGAACUGACCAGAGGGCAAAGGUCACAGCGGCAACCAAGGAGGCAGCUGAACUGAUGGGAGAGGAUUUUAGUAAUGGACCAUCAUCAGUUCCCACAGAAAAAGAGCCCAAAGUGACCACUGGGGAUUCUGGCAGAUCAGGCAGCGAUAGCAGCCUGCAGGAGACACGCCCGCAAGCGUCACUGGGGUCCAGUGAUUCGGCAGAAAUCAACUGUGAGUCACUCUCUGCUGGCACUGAAGAGAAACCACUACGUGAACCUCCCUCAGCACCUUCCGCCCUCUGCCUGGAUGUGGACAAUCAGACCCUCACUGAUGCAACAACUGCACCUCUCCAAAUGUCUCCUCCUGUCCAGCUAGUAUGUAUGGAAAAGGGCUCAGAGAUUCCAGAAAAGAGCACAACAUCUGAACCCGAGACUCCUGCCCCUAGGCUGGGGGGACUGGACCCCACCCUCCCUAAUGUCGAUGGUGAAAUUCAACCCUGGCCAGUGAUCAGGCCUCCUAUCCCACUGCUCAACCACUUGGAGCUCACCGUGGACUGUGAUGUCACAGCAGCGGAAGAAAAAGAGCCACAGGGAUCUGUGGAGGAAGUGGAGGGGCUAGUGCCUGAGACCAGUGCAUGCCAGAGGCUGGCGAAACAGGACAGGACGUGCAGACCAUUUGAUGAGGAGAAAAAAAUUAAUUCUGUUAAUUCACAGGAUGUUCCGGCCCUCCAAGGAGAUGAUAUCCCCUCCACCGCCUCACCCCUGAAUGAUGACACAUCCACCAAUGGUAGGCCUGCGCAGGAGUCCAUGGCUUCAGCACACAAAGGGGCCCUAGUCCAUGAGACCCCUGCAAAAGGCGUCACCCCAAUUAUUCUCUCACAGCCACCAGCACAUGGCCCGGAGCCAGCCAUUGAAGGGGUGGUAGAGAAGGUUCCGGAGAAAGAGGAAGCUGUCACCUCAGCACUCCUUCCAGAUUCUGAGAGAGGAGAGGUUGUCACAGAGUGUGAACAGAAAUGCCAGGCUGAGGUCAAAGAGACCCUGGGGGACACAUCCUCCCUCCCACCACCCCUGUGCACAGGAGGAGAAAAGAUUAAGACAGGAGGACAGCAGGAGAAACCCACCCUGGGUGACAGUCUCACCAAAAUCAGCACUGAAAAAAAACCAGGCUCCGAUACAGGAAGUCCAGGACAGGUCGUCAUGGUAGAAAAUAACAUUCUAGAAGGCUCCAGAGUGGGACCUCACAUCAGUAUGGACCCAGGCCCUAAAACUGAAGUCUCAUCGAAAGAGACAACGAAUCAGAGUGAGGGUUUAAGCAGGAGUGAACAUCUGUCCCUGAAUCAGAGCACGUCCUCGAUAACUGCUCCAGGGCCGUGCUCUGUGGCCGUCAGCCAAUCGGAUCUGGCGCCUCCAUCAAAAACUGAGCAGCAGGAACUGGGAUUGGGUUGCUGCCCAGAGGGGGAGAGCUAUGGUCAGUAUGAAGGUGUAGGGGCAGAUGCAUGCGUGGGAGCCAAUGAGGAAGGAAGAGAUGACUCUGCUGCACAGCAGCCAGCAGAGACGCAGGGAGCGCUGAGUUCACACAGAUCCGUGAAGCAGCCAGGGAAUUUAUCAGAUCAGAGUGGAAAUUGUGGUGUCACAGAUGGGCAGAGCAGAGAGGCGCAGAAUGAGGGCAUCGCUGCCCAGCAGGGUGACAGCGCACGCCCCCUUGUGUACGAAUCUGACCUCACCGCUCAACCUAAUGUACAGGAACGCUGUGCUGUCAGCACGGUCCAGGUCAAAACCAGCCCCCCUACUGCAGACGUGGAGGCGAAGGCAGGAAAAAAACAGGACCCCAGUUCAGAGCUGCUCAUAUCUAUCCCAGAGCCCGGCAGUUCAGGCCAGAGGUCGGGGGUCACAGCAGUUGGUGAGUUGGACGGAAAGGUUCAGGAAGCAGAAACUUUAACGUUGGCUUGUGAAGACAAACAGGCUGUACCGGGGAUUAAAGGGGACACCGCCAUCAAUACAUCUCUGAAAGAGAGUGAAUCCAAACCUGAGAAAUGUGAGGUUUUCUCACAGGCGAAUGAGGUCACGCCACAGGUCAGCAACUGCCUCCAAGAAACCGGCAGCCUCCACGGAGCCCCUGGUACCCUCGCAAGAGCCCCAGAAAACUCUUCUGUCUCCGUGACAGUCCCAGGCCUUGAGCCCCCACGCGGGCAAGAGGAAUGUCCUGAACAGACAGGACUGGAACAGACCCCUGCUCCUUCCACCGCCUUCCUCCAGAUGAAGGAGCAGUCUGUCUCCCAGGGUCCGGCCUUUGGGGUGGCCCAAACCACUGAAAUACCCUCUCCCCUGCACCUACGCACAGGACAUCCCGCAGCAGGCAAGGAAAGCCCCCCCUCGCGAGACAUGACUCAGGCUGAAGCCGAGGGAGGAGACGUUCAGACACCUGUGACUGGCGGAGAGUCUGAGAGUGCUCCCCCAUCUGGCAGAACAUCAGAGGAAGCGCAGAAGGAAGGAGGAAGCACCCCCUUCCUCACCCCAGCCCCCGAGAUCUCUUCUGGGGGUUGCAUGGACAUUUCCCCCUCCUCCAUCUCGGAGCUUGAGAGCAGCACUUCCAGGCCUGCCCAGAGUGACCCCAUGCUCUGUACUGCCUCAAAGAAAAGCCAGAUGGGGGGGAGGGAGGAGCCAGGAAUAUGUGGCUCGACUAAGAGCAUUGCUGUAGAGAAAGAAGAGGAGAGGUGGGAUGAAAAGAGGGAGGAGAAGAAGAAAAAAGAAGAGGUGGAAAAGGCAGCAGGAGAAGAAGCCCCGAUCACCCCAGUCGCUCCAGUCACCACAGAGUCCCUAAACGGUCCUAGCUGUGGAGUGGCCCACGGAGGGGACGCCUCCUCCUCUCUCCCCAUUGGAAGGGCAGAACCCUCUCUAUUACCCCAAGAUUUACCGGCUGAAGGAGCACCAGGGGCUACGGCAGCUGAUGGGACACAGGCUGGAGUGGGACUAGAUCCCAACAAAUCUGCCACCGGACGGCCACUCAGGGUCACAUCUCCGGUUGAUGUGGUGACAUCAUUGAGAGAGCUGCAUGACCUCGCUAAGCAUGAGUCAGUUACACAGGCCCAAGCACCACUGCAAGACUGCAGGACAGAAUCUGUGAGCUCAGCAUCUGAGAGUCAUGAGAGUCAUUCACAGACACAGCCAACAUCUGAGAGCACAGCAUCUGAGAGUCAUUCACAGACACAGCUAGCAUCUGUGAGCACUGCAUCUGAGAGUCAUUCACAGAAACAGCCGGCAUCGGUGAAUAUAGCAUAUGAGAACCAUUUACAGACACAGUCAGCAUCUGUGGACACAGCAUCUGAGAGUCAUUCACAGACACAGCCAACAUCUGUGAGCACAGCAUCUGAGGGAAUCUCACAGACACAGCCAGCAUCUGUGAGGACGCAGCCAGUCUCUGAGAGCACGGAUCCAGACGGAGGCUCACUGACACAGCCUGGCUCUGGGGACACAAACUGGCUCAUACAAGCCCUGAGAGACGCAGCCGCCCAGUCUCAACCAGAGCAGCAGAACAGAGCGCUCGACACAAAGGACAUUUCUGACCUCAGACCUGUCCAGCCACUUCCUUCGCCCCAAGCAGAGCUUGAGUUUCGCACGCCCACUGAGGAGGUAGCGCCCCCUCUGGUAGACCAGGGCCAAAGCAACGACCAGUUGGAGUGCAGGUCGUCCCUGUCUGAGGCAGAGGAGAGGGACCUCACCCCUGUAACCCCACCUCCACCCGAAGACCACACCUCCCAGCCCUCCCUGCCUGCCUACCUCUCUCGGGACAGUGCCCAGUUCCCUACCCCUCCCCCCACCCCUCCGGAGAGGUGCCUUCCCACCCCACCACCGAGCGACUCCCCAGAGCCGCAGACCCCCACCCCUGCACCCCCUGUCCCUGACCUGCCCCCCGAUUCACCCACUCUUCAGUCCAAGGGUCCAACCGACACCCCCUCUGCUCCCUCUCAGGACGUCCCACACAGGAGCUCAGACUCUGACGGAGCAUUCGAGACCCCCGAGUCCAACACCCCAGUGAAGGCUGCGGCCCCCCCGCUGCCCCCCCCAGAGCCAGACACAGAGACACAGCCGCCCCCCUCUGAGGACACAGGUUUCUGCUCUGAUACCGCCUCUGUUGCGGACGUUUCUCUCAGCGAGCCUGUCUCUGAGACCCCGGCCUUCCGGCCGCCGCGCCGCUCCUUCUCCACCGUUUUCGACGAGGACAAGCCCAUCGCCAGCAGCGGCGCCUACAACCUCGACGUAAUCGCCGCCGCGGCAGCCGCCGCCCGAAACGACGCCCUCGCAGCCGGGCAGCCGGAGCAGCCGCUGGGCCCGGAGCCCGGCGCCGGGCGCCGCAGGUCCCCCCUGACCCGCUCCCUCAGCCUUCAGGCGGGGGACUUGGACAGCGCCCCCCAGGAGGGCGGGACAGCGGGAGGGGGUGCGGACCGGCCGCCCCAUCUGCGAGCAGAAGCCUUCAGCGUGGAGACGGAGAGCGCGCCGGGGACUCUGCGGAAGACCAAGAAGCCCCGCCCCGCUUCUCUGAAGAAGAAGCCCCUCCCCCGGCAGAACUCCACCCCCCCGGGCACCGCAGGAGAGAGCGCAGGCUCCACCCCUGAGCUCAGGAAGAAAGAGCGUGAGGAAGAGGAGGGAGGCUCCGUCGGGCCCAGUCCCAAAGGAACCCUAAGGAAGACCAAGGCUCCACCCAAACCAGAUCCACAGGACAGUGUGAGCUCCAGGGAGGAGGCCAAACUCCCACCGCCGGCAUCACCUCCCAUCCGGAGGCAGCCAUCUCCCCCGGCCUCUACCACCCCUCUUCCCCCCGUCCCAGACGAGGAGUCCCCCAUACUCCCCAAGGCCUCCUACAACUGGGACCCGGACAACUUUGAGGGGAUCGACCCCUUCCGUACAGGAGGUAGCAAAGUACCCAACUCCCCUGUGCUUGGGAGAAAGGGGGUGUCUUUCACCCCGACAGUCCGCCCUGCAGCGGACCCCCCUGUUUGCCCGGACGAGCCCCCUCCAGGCCCACCCCCAGCCCCGGCAGGGAGCGCGGAGGAGCAGCCCCUGAACCGGAGGCAGUCGGUCAGGCUGGAGUUCGACUACUCUGAGGAGAGCGAAUCGGCCCCCCAGGAAACCACCCCCCCUCCCAAAAAGCUGGGAAAGAAGCCAGGCGCCAAGAUGCCCCUCCGUAAGCCGAAGAUGGGGGUGAAGAAGGCCGCGCCCGCCCCCACGGAGCAGCUGGACAACACCCCGCCCCAAAACGACGAAGACACCCCCAUCCCCAAGGCCUCUUACAACUUUGACCCCAACAAGUGGGAGGACCCCAACUUCAACCCCUUCUGCCCCGGUGGGGGCAUCCCCAACUCGCCCCGCCUGUCUCGUCCCGCCUACAGUUUCGACCCAGACAGUUUCGAUGACUCGGUUGACCCCUUCAAGCCAUCCAAUAAGAUGGGGAGCUCGCCGCCUAAGUCUUCCGCCGCCUCUUUUGAGGUUUCUGCCAAUGACAAUGACAGCCUGAGUGAACUGGAGGACCAAAACCUGAACAAACCCGCCAAGAAGAAGAAGACCCCCAUUAAAUCGAUGUUCAGCGAUGUGUCCUCACUGUGUUGUCUGUUUAACACAUUCAGAGUGAAGAAGUCUCCGAAGAGGUCCCCCAUGUCUGAGGCAGCGUCACAGUUGUGUCCUGUGUGUUUCUCGCUUGCCAUGACCCCCCAUGACCAUUCGCAGGACCCCACGCCCCUCGACAUCCCACAGGACGACCACGCCACCGACGAGGAGAAGCUCGCCUGCUCCACCAAUCAGAAGUGGGCAACUCUUCAUGGCGUGGAGGCGGAGCUGACCUCUGACGCCCCGGACUACCCCCAGCCCUCUGACCUCACUGCCUUUGUCAAUGAGAACAGCUUGCCCCCACAGCAGCACGUGACAGACUACGAGAUUGAGUAUAUGGAGAAACUUGGCUCCUCUAGCCCUCCUCUCUCUGUGAAGAAGCCGUCUCUGUACUUGAAGUUGGACUCGGUGGCAGACACCCCCAACAAGAGCUCUGGCAUGCGGGGAUCCGAACCCAGUUCCCCCUGCACAGGGAGUUUUGAGGAGAUGGAGGCUCAGAUCUCUGCAGGGGGUAAAUCCCCGGUGCUGUCGUCUCGGGGGAGUCUGGACCCCAUGGGGGCAGAAAAGAGUCGAAAUCGGGAGAGCGAAUCACUGAACCCCAUUUCCAGCUCUGAGAGGGACAGAAUGACCCCUCCCCAAGGCCCCGUGGACCCUGCUGACAUCCCGCUUUUAGACAGACUGUCUGAGUCGGGGGGGCCACUGCAGUACCUGGAGCCCGACCUGGCCGAGACCAACCCCACCGCGUUUGCUCAGAAGCUGCAGGAGGAGCUGGUGCUCGCAGCCCUGAGGAUAGAGGCUCUGCAAGUAGCCCAAAAAAUCUCCCAGAGUCCCUCCCUGUCCUGUGUAAUCCCCGAGCAGAGAGAGGUCACGUCCUCCGCUGACUCAGUGUCCAAGGGGCCCCUGUACUCUCGAUCCGGGUACAGUGAGGGGGUGGGCAGCUCCUACCUGCCCCCCGAUCUGGACCACUCCCUGGGCAUCGCACGAGAGGAGAUUGUGGCCAAGGAGCAGGAAGUAGUGGAGUGGCAGAGGAAGUACGAGGAGAGCCGGCAGGAAGUUGUGGAAAUGAGGAGGAUAGUGGCGGAGUAUGAGAAGACCAUUGCACAGAUGAUAGGCAUGCCUGAGGAUGAACAGCGGGAGAAGUCUCUGUCCCAUCACACCAUCCAGCAGCUGAUCCUAGAAAAGGACCAGGCUCUGGCUGACCUCAACUCAGUGGAGAAGUCUCUGGCGGACCUGUUUCGCCGAUAUGAGAAGAUGAAGGAUGUCCUGGAGGGCUUCCGUAAGAAUGAGGAGGUUCUGAAGAAGUGCGCGCAGGAGUACCUGUCCCGAGUGCGUAAGGAGGAGCAGCGAUACCAGGCCCUGAAGAUCCACGCCGAGGAGAAACUGGACAAGGCGAACGCAGACAUUGCGCAGGUUCGAGCCAAAGCGAAGCAGGAGCAGGCCGCCUACCAGGCCAGCCUUCGCAAGGAGCAGAUGAAGGUGGAGUCCCUGGAGCGUACCCUCGAGCAGAAGAACAAAGAGAUUGAGGAACUGACCAAGAUCUGCGAUGAACUCAUCUCCAAGAUGGGGAAGAGCUAGCUUGCUGUUGCUCAGCUGUUUGGCCACUCACUGGCACACCCUGCCCAUUUACCCAGGAGCAAAAAGAGGUGAAGAGAGGGGGUGGAAAGAGAGGCAGGAGUCCUUUCGCUUUCUCUCCGUUUGAAUAUCUCCUGGACAGAUGGACAGACUGCCUGAUGGAGUCGGACAGGUCCCUUUUCUCUUACUCCACUGAACUUUCUUUACUGGGAGACUUGAGUAUUUGAGCAGCAGCGCCUCCUACAGGAAGGGGCGAUGGCUACCGGACAAUGGAUUCACUGUUUUUGGUUCCGGUUUGUUUUUCCUUCUUGUGUUCAAUUUGUAUCAAGUUUCCUGUAUCAGGGGUCUUGUGUAAGAUCAAGGAUGAGGUCAUCACAAUUAAUGUUGUCCUGGCAACCACUGGAGAGACAGACUGCAAACACCUGCAACAUCUUCUCAACCAGGAAAAGCAACAAGUCUCAUCAAAAAAGUUACAAAAAUGUUCUAGACUAAUCAACUCAUCCAUUAAUUUAAUCAUUCAUACAUUCAUUAUAAAAUUGCUAUUAAUUAUAAUGAUAAACAUAUUAAUUAUAACAAUUGCAUGUAGUAGAUGAAAGAGUAUCUUCUUUUUGUAAAUAAAAAUUUAGGCAGAUGAUCAGAUAGGAAGACACCAGAGUUUUUUGAUAUUGUAUUCUGUCAGUUAUUCCACAACCUUGGUGUAAUUUUGUAGAUAUUUUUUGUGUGUUUGUUUCUUUGCUUCCAUAAAGAAAGAAACAGGGAAAUUUAUUUUAUUAUUUUAAUAAUGAUAAUAAUUCAUUUUCUGGUUAUUGUUCUGAUUCUCUGAUUCUGAUUUGAUUAAUUUAAUAUGGAUGGGUCAGGAUGGAAUUUUGCCCUGGGUGGAAACAGGCUUUAAAAGUGCAAUAAAAGAUGGCAAUACAAA